AUGGAUCCGGACCUCAUCACACACUCGAAGAUCUGGUUCGACGACGGCAGUGUCGUUAUACAAGCUGAGCAAACACAAUUUCGUGUACAUCGAGGCAUGCUAUCGCGCCAAUCGAGCAUCUUUCGUGAUAUGUUUUCCGUUCCCCAACCACCAGGAGAUCAGGAACCGGUCAUUGAAGGAUGUUCUAUCGUUCAUGUUUCAGAAUCUUCUCAGGAUUGGGAGGGCCUCCUAACGUUGAUGUAUGACAACCUUAGAGUAUAUGGGUCAGAUGAUCCCAUGCCCAUUUCCCUGAUAGCAGUAAUGCUCCGUCUUGGGAAGAAGUACGACAUGGAGCACUUCUUGAAGGAGGCGGUCACUCGUUUACAAUAUGAAUUUCCCAGAAAUCUAUCCGACUGGGACUUGAUAUCUGACCAACCAUUUUCCAAACUUGCGCAAUCUGGUGACUCGAUGUCACUGGAUAUCAUCAUUCUCGCUCAGGAAGCCGGAAUUCAAUCUAUCUUGCCCUUGGCAUACUUAUUUUUCUUCAACAAUGGGGACUCAAUGGAAAAGGUAUAUUCAACAUACGAGAUGGAAUACGGAACCACGGCCACUGCCCCGCCGGAUGUACAAAAAAUUCUAGUUCUUGGACGGGAGAAAUUGCUUCGAGGCACCGUGUGCAACACCUAUGGAUGGCUGGCGGAUGACAAAUUAAUUCCACACACCUCUUGCAAGAGACCCAAGUUUUGCGCUGCAACACGACUGAAGCUACUCUUGAAAGUUUGCGUUCCAAUUCCUGAUGUAAACUUUGCGUUGGCUAGAUGGGAUAAAGCGCAGCAUGCGGCCGACCUCUGUGUCGGCAAGUUUUUUGGUCGGAGCUGCCUUCCUGCUUCGGCCUUCCUGAUUGGGAAGAUCUCACGGAUUCGACGACCUAAUCCACAUAUCGACUUCCGAAAUCGGUUGAUAUUGGUCACAAAUUCUUGGCAAAGCGCGCCGCGCCUAAAGAUAGAUUUACCUUAUGAUCAUGCACACUCAUAUCUGUCUGUAUCGUAUUCUCUUCAACAACCCUUCGUUCAAAUGACUGCUUCGUUAUCUGGCCACCACAAGGAAAGGCCGAUCACGCAUUCAAAUAUCCACAAUCGUCUAGGCUCACCGAAACACACUGUAUGCCAAACAUCUUCGACCUGA